UUGGCGUAACGCAAUCCCCACACGUGAAGUGUCAUAGAAAAAGCAACGACACUCGAAGUGCGUUUUCUCUUGAAUCUGCGUUUUACACAGCCUCUCUCUCUCUCUCUCUCUUUCCAGGCUACGAAGAUCAAACUCCAUGGCGAUAAGAUCAGUCAAAGUUAGCAAUCUCUCAUCAGGAGCAACAGAGCAUGGUAUCAAAGAGUUCUUCUCUUUUUCCGGUGAGGUUGAAAGCAUUGACAUCCAAGGCAAUGAGCAUAGUGCUUAUGUCACAUUCAAAGAUCCUCAAGGAGCAGAGACCGCUGUGCUCUUAUCAGGUGCAAGUAUUGCCGAUCAGUCAGUCAUCAUUGAGAUGGCUCCUAACUACACUCCACCUGCUGCCCCUCAUGCUGAAACACAGAGCGGGGGAGGAGGCGGAGGCGUCGCAGAAUCAGUUGUUCAGAAGGCAGAAGAUGUUGUGAGCAGCAUGUUAGCAAAGGGUUUCAUCCUCGGUAAAGACGCGGUCGGCAAAGCAAAAGCGUUCGAUGAGAAACUCGGUUUCACUUCAACCGCAACAGCAGGAGUUGCUUCUAUAGACCAAAAGAUCGGUCUAACCCAAAAAAUCACAGCUGGUACAAGCUUGGUGACCGAGAAGAUCAAAGGGGUGGACCAAAGCUUCCAGGUCACAGAGAGGACCAAGUCUGCCUUUGCGACUGCGGAACAGACUGUGAGCAGCGCGGGAACGGCCGUGAUGAAAAACCGUUUUGUAUUAACAGGUGUGAGCUGGGCGGCAGGAGCGUUCAACAGAGUUGCUAAAGCAGCUGGAGAGGUUAGUCAGAAAACAAAAGAAAAGGUUGAAGCUGAGCAACCACCACAACCGUCGCAGACAGAGCAUCAACCACCAGAAGGGUAUUCUCCGAUUCAUUCGUCUGAAUCGAAGCACUAAAUCUCAUUACAGUGAAGAAGGUUGCGUUUUCUUUUUCUUGUUGGUUUCUUUGAUAUGAAAAAUGUGGGAUUUUUUUUGUCUUUUGGAUUGUAACAUAAAAGCUAUGUUUGGAUCUUCUACAUUCGUAGUUCGUGUUUCUUAUAAGAUAUUCAUAUAGUAUUCACUAA